AUGAAGGAGUUCGACCCUGCCAGCCGUAGAUGGCAAGUGGGUUGUUGCCAUGUGCUUACUAUUAACUACGUGGUGGCUACGAUCGAGGCGAUACUCGCUGUAGUUAGCGCGUUGUUGUCAGGCAACAGCAUUCGCGCCGUGGCCCACAAUACACACAAACUUGUGUAUUUGUCGUUAGCACUGUUACUAUCGCCGUUAUGGUUGCUAACCGAGCUGGCAUUGAUACUGGACAUCAGGAGACGUCAGGCGAAGCGACUCAUCGUCUACAUCGUCGUUCAGGGCAUCAUCUUCUUGUUCAUGAUAUCGCUGAUGGUGUUUUUGCUGCUGACGAUGAUUAAAUCGACGGUCUUCACCGAUUUGCCAACAGCGCAGCUGAACACCUUCGUCAUUUUCGUAUUGUUGUUAUUUGCUGCGGCGAUCAUUGGUCUGACGACGUUUUGCAUUUAUAUCCUCUUCCUGCUCAGGAAAUAUAUUCAAAUCGAAGCGUACAGCAACGAGGUCGAAAAGAACACCGCUGCCGCUAUGGAAGCCCUGCUGAAACUUGAUCUUGUCAAACAAAGACUCGUGUGUACGGAAAAUAGCUUAAAAGAAAUAAGCAACUGGACAACGUUGGUGAAAGAUGUCGAUGAACUGUUCCUUUCCGGAGAACCGGACGUGAUAGCUAAGAGAAUUGUCGACCUUCAGCAGAGCCUACAGGAACUUGAAAAUAAAACUACGGCGAUAACUACUUUGGAUCCUCCGUUUGAACAGGUGAUCGAUGAUCUGCUCGAUUGCUCGGAAGAUAAGUUGACAGAUCUGAUCGCGAUGAAGCAGGCAUCUGACCAGUUCACUGAAAAUAUGAAUUCGUAUAUGAAUAGCAGUGGCUUGAAUUCCAGUGUUAAGUGCGUGUUGGAGUUUAUGACAAACACCUAUCGCAUCUACCCUAAAUUGUUUGGCUUAUACAGUCAUUUGGAAGAAGAAUAUUUGAUGACGCGGUUUGACUCGCAAAAUAAAGUGCUUCUCAUCAAAGGGGUUAUCCGCUAUCGAUAUAUGUGGCUUCAGCUCGGGAAGCUGCAAGAGGCCCUACUGCUGAGGGCCCAGUUUCUGUUCGACACAGUCACUGAAUUUAAAACAAAGACGCCGGAGAAGUACGUGUCUGUUCUUUGCCUUGUUAGCUUGAAUAGUCAUUACAGAUCAGAACGCGUAAAUGACGCCAUGUUUAAGUUCGUGCAUGUCUGUGGCCUGAAGAUUGAGUACAUUGCCAACGUCAUUGAAGACCUUGGUCUCAGAGUACCUGAUUCGCUCUGCCACUUCAUUAAACUGUUGAGAACAGAUGAAGGCGACUGGAACAAAACUACCGCGAAUCUUUCAGCUGAUGUAGUAAUGUCGGUGAAAAGGAUGCGCGGAAUAAAAUAG